CAACCCCUUACCGUUCGGUUACAGAGCCGCCCGUCUGAGGUAAGUCUCUUCUUUCCGUGGGAACCUUUUUCAUUACCGUUGCCUCCAUCUAAUGCGGCUAUAAUGGUAGCCUAAAACCCUAACUAGAGCUCUCAUACCUACACAUCAUCUCUCCAGUAUUUGAUUUUCCAUUAACAGGGUUUCAAGUAAAGCUGAAAUCGUAGAGAAACCCAGAGUAGCAUCAGAAGCUUUUCUCUGUGAGCCUUCAGAUUGGAAGGUCUAAUAGAGCAGGGAUUGGAGUGAAAGAGACACUAGAAUGGAAGAAUCUCCAACACUUGGUAAGCGGAAAUCCCCUGAAAAUUCAGAGGUCGAACCCAAACAACCCUCUGAAGAAAACUCAGUACCAGAUUCAGUAUCGAAGCGAAGGAAUUUGGCUCGUACGUGUGUUCAUGAGGUUGCAGUUCCCACUGGCUACACUUCUACCAAAGAUGAAGUUGUGUAUGGUACUCUUUCGAAUCCUAUUUACAGUGGUGAAAUGGCUAAAACUUAUAGCUUCAAUCUUGACCCAUUUCAGCAAGUAUCAGUAGCUUGUCUUGAGAGAAACGAGUCUGUUUUGGUCUCAGCACACACUUCUGCUGGAAAAACUGCUGUUGCUGAGUACGCCAUUGCAAUGACUUUCAGAGAUAAGCAAAGGGUUAUAUAUACUUCACCUUUGAAAGCUUUGAGCAAUCAGAAGUAUAGAGAGCUGAGCCAGGAGUUCACGGAUGUUGGGCUUAUGACGGGUGAUGUCACGAUAUCACCUAAUGCGAAUUGUUUGGUUAUGACGACAGAGAUUCUUAGAGGAAUGCUAUACAGGGGUUCCGAGGUGUUGAAGGAAGUUGCAUGGGUUAUCUUUGAUGAAAUCCAUUACAUGAAGGACAGGGAAAGAGGAGUUGUUUGGGAAGAAAGCAUAAUAUUUUUGCCCCCUGCAAUUAAAAUGGUUUUUCUUUCAGCAACAAUGUCAAAUGCUACUGAAUUUGCUGAAUGGAUUUGUAAUUUGCACAAACAGCCUUGUCACGUUGUGUACACGGAUUUUCGACCUACUCCGCUGCAGCAUUAUGUGUUCCCAAUGGGUGGCUCAGGGUUAUACCUUGUUGUGGAUGAGAAUGAGAUGUUCAAGGAGGAUAAUUUUAUGAAGCUACAGGAUAGUUUCACAAAACAGAAGAAUCAGGGUGAUGGUAAUAGGGGUGGAGCCAAAGCAAGUGGAAGGAUUGCGAAGGGUGGGAAUCCUUCCGGUGGUUCUGACAUAUACAAGAUUGUGAAGAUGAUUAUGGAACGGAAACUUCAACCAGUUAUCAUAUUUAGCUUCAGUAGAAGAGAAUGUGAGCAACAUGCAAUGUCAAUGUCCAAGCUUGAUUUUAAUUCCAAAGAGGAGAAGGAUGUUGUGGAGCAGGUUUUUAGAAAUGGAAUACUUUGCUUGAAUGAGGAGGACAGAAACUUACCUGCUAUUGAAUUAAUGUUGCCACUUCUCCAACGAGGUAUUGCAGUCCAUCAUUCGGGGCUUCUUCCAAUUAUCAAGGAAUUAGUGGAGCUUCUUUUCCAAGAGGGUCUUGUUAAGGCCCUUUUUGCUACAGAGACGUUUGCAAUGGGUUUAAACAUGCCUGCAAAAACCGUUGUAUUCACAGCUGUAAAAAAAUGGGAUGGUGAUAGUCAUCGCUACAUUGGAUCUGGUGAGUAUAUCCAGAUGAGUGGAAGGGCUGGGCGUCGUGGCAAGGAUGAGCGUGGUAUUUGUAUCAUAAUGAUUGAUGAGCAGAUGGAGAUGAAUACCCUCAAGGACAUGGUUUUGGGUAAACCAGCUCCUUUAGUCAGUACUUUUAGACUGAGCUACUAUUCAAUUUUGAACUUAAUGAGCCGUGCUGAGGGACAAUUCACUGCUGAGCAUGUCAUCAGGAAUUCAUUUCAUCAAUUUCAGUAUGAGAAGACUUUACCUGAUAUUGGGAAAAGGGUUUCGAAGCUGGAAGAGGAAGCUGCUACGCUUGAUGCAUCAGGAGAGGCUGAAGUUGCUGAAUAUCACAAGCUAAGACUUGAAGUAGGCCAACUUGAGAAGAAAAUGAUGUCUGAAAUAACCAGGCCUGAAAAAGUUCUGUAUUUUCUUCUUCCUGGUAGGCUGGUAAAAGUACGUGAUGGUACAACCGAUUGGGGUUGGGGGGUAGUAGUCAAUGUGGUGAAAAAGCCCCCAGCAGCAUUAGGAACUUUGCCUUCACGUGGUAGUACUUAUAUAGUGGACACUUUGCUUCAUUGCUCUCCUGGUUCAAGUGAGAAUGGUUCUCACCCCAAACCAUGCCCACCUCAUCCUGGAGAGAAGGGUGAAAUGCAUGUGGUUCCUGUUCAGUUGCCCCUAAUUUCUGCUCUGAGCAAGAUAAGAUUAUCAAUCCCGUCUGACCUUCGACCAGUGGAAGCAAGGCAAAGCAUACUGCUGGCAGUACAGGAGUUGGGAACACGCUUUCCUCAAGGGCUUCCAAAGCUUAAUCCGGUGAAGGUAUUUAUCAUUUAUUUUCAGAUAUAACAUAUGGCGUUUGUC